CCCAACUCCCAUCAAUUUUUACUUGAGGAGACCUCUCUUAUUCAAGGAAUGGAUAGGAUGGAUGAUCCAAUUGGAAACCCUUUAGCAGCACAGACUAAUUAUCAGUUUCAGUUGCAUGAUUUCAUUGAUGAAGCCAACUUCGAUCGAUACAUUGAUCUAAUUCGAGGAGAGAAUGAAAUCACUGCUUUCGAUUGUGAUCUUAUCAAUGGCUUUUUGGUGGAUAACCAAUUUGGUCUGUCCACAGGAGAUAAAUUUGAUUGUGAUCUCAUCAACCAUGUUCCUACACACACUUCGAGUGCAAUGGAACAGGAUCCCAAUUACGUCCCCAUUGCAUUGCCGAGUUUUGACGGGGACAUGGGAUUAGAGGCUGAAGAAAAUACUGAUGAGGAAGACUCUUCUGGAACCACCACAACGACUAAGAAAACGAAGAAGGAUCGAUCAAGGACAUUGAUUUCGGAGCGAAGGAGGAGGGGUAGGAUGAAGGAGAAGCUCUAUGCUUUGCGGUCCUUGGUUCCUAAUAUAACUAAGAUGGACAAGGCCUCCAUAAUUGGGGAUGCCGUAUUAUAUGUGCAAGAGCUGCAAAUGCAAGCCAAUAAGCUAAAAGCCGAUAUUGCCAGCCUUGAAUCAUCCUUAAUAGGAUCAGAUAGAUAUCAAGGGUCAAAUAGAAAUCCAAAGAAUCUUCAAAAUACAAGUAACAACCAUCCAAUUCGCAAGAAGAUCAUCAAGAUGGAUGUGUUUCAAGUGGAAGAAAGAGGGUUUUACGUGAGAUUGGCGUGCAACAAGGGAGAAGGCGUUGCAGCCUCGCUCUAUAGGGCUCUCGAGUCCCUUACAAGCUUCAUUGUUCAAAACUCAAACUUGGCUACAACUUCUGAGGGGUUUGUAUUAACGUUUACUUUAAAUGUUAAAGAAAGUGAGCAGGACAUGAACUUGCCAAAUUUGAAGCUAUGGGUUACUGGGGCUCUUUUGAAUCAAGGAUUUGAACUUUUAACGGCUUAAUCUAUCUGUUUAGCCCUGCCUCUAUCCUCUCUCGAGCAUAUGAAGAAUUAAAAAUGAGAUUAAGACAAUAAUCAUCAUGCUUAUGAUUUAGAAGCCAUGAAUCUUGAGACAUUUUGUACUAAUUUCCCAUGAUCUGUAUCGUUUAGCCGCAAACAGAAUAAAAGUCAAGAACAAUUUCAGUUU